AUGCCCUGGGACCCUACAAAGGCGGGCAGCUGGCAAGCGACUGGCAGCGGCUUGGAUGCCAAGACUCUUUUGAGCUGCCGUUCUGCUUUUUGCCUGGUCUGUGCACGCUGGGAGAUGGAAAUGCAACAGCCCCACGAUGUCACGGUCCAAACCAGCGGUUCAGUUCGCAACCCGAACCCGAGGGUUGGUGGUACUGCACGUGCUGGCCUCCAGGGCAUUGCCGUCCCUCGCACUUGUACCGGAUCGGGACGACUGAUGUUCCCCCACCAGUUGACCAUAGUGUAUGGCCUGGAAUUUGGGGAAGCACCUCAUCGAUUCAGGCCGGGCAGUUUGGCGCCCAGCCUUGCCAAGACGAGUGCCCUGGUCCGACAAGCUUUCCGCCAGGCCUCGACCCUUGUCGGCAAGAACCCCACCAUUCCUUUGGCACUACACUAUCUACCAUGGAGCUCCUUCGCCCCGCCGCUAUUCAUGCAUCCACUGACGUCGCCGCUGUGGAUUCGGGGCGCCAUAGGCCUCUUCUCCUGCCGUAGCGGAGUGCCUGCCGACACGCCAGCCCGUCCCGUCGGGUUGUCUCUGAGAAGCAUCCAUCUGCACCUAUUUCAGCACUCAGUCCAGCAAUUCCGCAAAAACCAACAAGAGUGA